GACUCUCAAAAGACCAUAGUCUCCAUUCUUCAUUUGUAACGAGAGGAUUCAAUCAUUUCAUUUUCUGUAUCUGAAAUAAUAACCAGCCAAGACUCAAUAUGAUGACUGCAAUUCUGCUAUCAACGAUGAUGUUUGCGAUUGUAUUUGGUGCUCCAACGCAACCACAAUCAGAAGAAGAUAUUUUUGUCUUGUGUGACGGCAAUCCGGCAGACAUUUUCUUCCUCCUGGACAGUUCCUCCAGUAUCUAUAUUUUAGACUAUGAAAAACAGCUUCAGUUUAUCCAGAAACUUGUCGAUUACUUCCCGGUAUCUCAAACAGAAACACGAUUUGGAGUCGGGGUGUUUGCUGACCGUUACCAGCAAGUGAUUGACUUCGAGGACUUUGACAACUCUGAUGAUCUUAAACUCGCUAUUGGCGAUAUAACAAAAGGGUAUGGAGAUACCCAGACUGGCCGAGCCCUUAGAAAAGUGAGAAAACAUGCCUUUAGCCAGGCUAGACCAGGUGUUGGACAUGUCUUGGUCGUUCUGACUGACGGCGAGUCAAGGAAUACAGCAGAGACGAGGAGGGAGGCGGCUAUUUUGAAGGGACAGGGAAUUCAUGUCUUCGCCAUCGGAAUAGGUUUGUCCUCCAAGACAACUGAACUUGAGGCUAUUGGCAGUGAACCUAAGGAGACCUAUGUCCACAAUGUAGUCAAUUUCAACGUAUUAAACAAAAUACGUAAAACGCUGGCCUUCCAAGUGUGUAAAGCACCAAGACAUGAGCCAUACUGUAGCGCCGGGAUGAACACCGACGUCAUGUUCGCUUACGACGCCACCAGUAUGGGGACAAAAAAUGCAAGGCAUGUACAGGAAUUCAUUGGUGACACCAUUCAGAACUUUGCAAACAUGGACGACGGGACGAUCCGGGCUGGCGUGUUGUCAGGACAAUGUGAUGGAGACAAUGUCAACCUGGGCGUAUUCAGUGACAAAGAGACAAUGGCUUCCUACGUCAGAAACAACGACUUUCGCGGGGUCGACGAGAUUGUACGAGAUUUACACGAAAACAGCUACCAAAAAGCAAGAGGUGGACGAGAAACAGCAAGACGCAUUUCUGUCGUCAUUGUGGAUGACAAUGCAGAAAAAAUAAAAAAUUUGGAGACUGAAAUGAAAAAAGCAAAAUCCAAGAAGGACAUCCAGUUUAUUGUCAUUGCUAUAGGUGAAAGCUCGGAAUACGAAAUCUUGAAGUCUCUGGUGAUGAAACCAACAGAGUCUCACUUCUUUACGGUUCCGUCUCAUAGUGAUGUAGACACUGUCAAGGGCCGAUUUGUAGACACUCUUUGUGAAGAUUUCAAAGCUCCUUCCUCAAAUGGACCAAAUAAAGUGUAUUACGACAAUUUCAACGACAUCGUUCCGAGAAGCAACCUGGUCAUCGAAUCGCUACACCUUUACCACACUGGGGGAACACGUGUACAGCUGCUGAUACAAAGCUCCAAAAUGAUAUCUGCCUCAAUUGUCUUGGCCAUGGCCAUGGUCACCGUCGCUGUGUCCGCUCCAUCAUCCUCCUCUCACCAAGAUACAAACACAUUGUGUCAAGGAAAUCCAGCGGACAUUUUCUUCCUGCUUGAUAGUUCCACGAGUAUCUGGUCUAAACACUUCAAAACACAGCUGAAAUUCCUGCAACGUUUCGUUAGCUUCUUCCCAGUGUCGGCUUCUGAAACUCAAUUUGGGGUUGGGAUAUUCUCUGAUUACUACCAUCAACAAAUAGAACUGGGCGAAUUUGAUGAUGUGGAUGAGCUUAAAUUGGCCAUUGGACGUAUACAACAACGAAAAGGGGGUACCCAAACAGGGAAAGCAUUGCGAGCAGUAAGAAGAAAUGCGUUCCGAAGAGCACGUCCAAACGUUAGCAAAAUACUUGUGGUCAUCACAGAUGGAGCGUCUACAAAUAAAGCUCAAACACUGCGCGAAGCUGCUGCUUUAAAAAGUGAAAAUGUACAGGUGUUUGCCAUAGGAAUAGGAGACAAAGUGAAAAUGGAGGAAUUAGUUGCCAUUGGAAGUAAGCCAUCAGAAACAUACGUCCUAACUGUGUCGAGUUCCGAAUUGUUGAAUAAAAUCAGGAAAACAUUGGCCUACAAAGUUUGCAGAGGGAAAGAAUCACUCCAUCAACAAUACUGUAGUGCUGGUAUGGAGACAGACCUUAUGUUUACCUAUGAUGCUACUAGUAUGGGAACAAGAAACUCCAAUCACGUACAGAAUUUGAUAGCCGAUACCAUUCUAAACUUCGGAAACAUGGAUACUGGCGUUCUCAGGGCAGGUUUGUUAACUAGAUAUUGUGAUAAUGACGACAUAUAUUUGAAUCAUUAUCCUCAUCUAGAUGAAAUGGUGCCUGUUCUGAAAAAUCCUGAAUUCAGGGGGCUGGACCGCAUGGUAUGGCAAAUGCAAAAUCAAAGCUUUGAAACAGCGAACGGCGGGAGAGAAACUGCCAGGAGGAUUGCUGUUGUAGUGGUUGACAAUAACGUGGAAAAACUUGAUCAUUUGGCUCUAGAAAUGAGAAGGGCCAAGUCAAAGAAAGACAUUCAAUUUGUGGUCAUCACCAUUGGAGAAAAUCCUAAAUUCGAAUCCCUGAAAAGGUCAGUGCUCCGCCCUGUCGACGACCAUUUCUUUAACGUGGCAUCACACAGUGAUCUCAGCUUGAUAAAAGACACUUUUGUCAGCAGUUUAUGUCAAACACUGAAGGUACCAAGUUCCCCAGAAGCAUUGGUGAUUGAUGAGAAUAUCAGGAACUUUGAGGAUAUUAUGCCGGUGGGACACCUGAUUCUCAAUCCUUAGGGAUAUAACAGAACAACUAUCGGCUCAUAUGGACAAACAAUACGCUAUCAUUCCAUCAUCAAAUGUUGAUCCACCAUGGAAAAUUAAUACUUUCAAGAUAUAUUUGAACAACAAGCGAAAAUCAAAAUAUUGACAAGGUCUUAAAUUCAAGUCCACAAAAGUGAUAAAACGAAGUAAAAUCUUACCUACAGAAAGACGACGUAACUUCGUUUUCCAAAUCCAUUCUGAUCUACAGAAAGACGACGUAACUUCGUUUUCCAAAUCCAUUCUGAUCUGCAAUAACCGGAGGACAUGUCAAAUACAUUUCUUGUUAAGAUAAAAACGUGACGAGGGGAAGUCAUUGUGCCUGGUUUUAUAUCGUUAAUGCUUGUUGGAAUCUUGUUUACCGUCAACUUAUCUGAGAUAGUGUUUAUCGUUUAUUUUAUCAUUCGCACGAGUUCAUCAUCAACGUUAUUCAGUCACGGAGGGCAAUGAUAUUUUUGAUGUAUACUAAAGCAUCCUGUGAUAUUGGUUUUACCUCUACAUCGAAGCCAAACUGUGUAUACCUUAUCUGUGAAAGGAUAACGAGUUUCACCAUACUUUUUAUAAGACGUAAUGAUAACAUAUCUGGCACUUUAUAAGAAAAGAGAUGGACGAAGGUACUUGUCACUAUGUCAUCUUUAUUUGUGGAGAAACGUUUUCUAUAUUGUUAAUUCAUACUCCUAUCAUUCCAUGUUAUUACAAACGAUAAGCAUAAUUAACAUGUGUUGCUAUGGAGAUUUUAAAUCAGCGUUGGUGUUAAACAUCUAAUUUUUAUUUCAUGUUAUCGUAUUUAUGUACUUUUUUGUAUUUAUUUACAUGUAAUGUGCAUCACCUUUGUAUAUUUAACAAAUGCUUUUUCCAAUAAAGGUUAACUUACAUUUA